AUGAGUUCAAGUGAUAGUGAAAGUGAUGAAAUCAUUGUUGGACAAAUACCACAAGAUAAAAAAUCAUUACUAGAUGGAGAAGAGGAUGAGGAAGGUCUAAUCGACACAAUUACUAGUAAUGAAAAGUUAAAAAAUGAACGAUUUGAAGAUGUUCCUCAAGAAGAAAGUGCAGUUAUUGAACCAUGUAAAUAUUCGUAUGAAGGGAAAAUUGUUGAGAAUGAAGAAUGGGAUUGGAAGAAUGAAAAAUUCAGUUCAGAUGAAGAGAUAAACACUAACAAUAAAGAUUGUUUUAAUUUUGAAGAAAACGCAUUUGGGUAUGUGUCAUUGAAUAAUCAAUCUGAUGAUGAAAAUGAAAGAAAUGACAUCAACCAAGUUAACGAAGAGCAACCUAUUGAUGAAAAAGAAGAGGAAAAGAGAAAUGAAAUGAUUAACAAAGCAAUUGAUGAGUAUCUCAAUGAUGACAGUUACGAAGAGUGUAUAAAAGCAGAUGGGCACUAA